AGCAGUUAAAAAUGUUUUGUAUAUUGUAAGUAAAUCAAGGAAUUUAUGAAAAAUGUCAAUGUGUGAUAGAAAAUGUUUGCCGUAUAUUAAAAAUAUGUUCAAUGUGUAUUUGACAUAUUCUCAACAUGUAUUUCGAGAAAAUGUUGAAUGUGUACUUAUAAAUAUUCAACGUGUACCUGAAAAAUUUUCAAGUUGUAUACAGUUUUUUUUUUUGAAGUGUAUUUGAAAAAGUCCGCUUAUACUUGAAAAAUGAAGACAAAAAUAGAUAACACCACUUGCCUGGUCAGGCAAAACCCAUCACCAACUCAGGCUUAUAUCAGGCGGCACUUUUUCUCAGGCACAUUUGUUUUUUGAGGUAAUUUUCUCAGGCACAUAGUCAGGGUAGGAACCAAACAGGCGUGUAGACUCGCGAUAUUUUGCUGCCCAGUAACUUUCCUGCACUUGCUCCGGGCCACAACCGGGUUUUUUCGCCUCUGUUGACCACAUUGCCUUUCUUUCUUUUCUUCUCGAAAAAAUAAACUUAGUUCACAUUUCCAUGGCUCAUCCAUCCAUCCCGCCACGUUCUCGUCGUCGCCUCAAAAGCUGUCCCCGAUCUCACGCGCUAACCCUAAACAAAAGAAAACAAAACCGCCACGCCGACGCCGACAGACGCCCACGUCCGUAGAGGCACGCACAUCGCCUCUGUCGUCUCCCUCCUCUCCGGCCGGCUCCCGGCCCAUUUAUACCGCCUCGCCGGCCAUUCUCACAAGUCGUAGCACUCGCACCACAUUCGACCAGGCACGCCAACGACGACUUUGCAAUGCCGAGGACGCGGGCGAUGUGCUGCCUCAUGCCGUCGAAGCCCUCCGGCGAUGCGCGCCGCCGCAGCAGCGCGGCGUGCAUUUGCUGCAUCGGCCCCCACCACCGCCCGUCCGGGGGCGGCGCCCUCGCCCCCGUCGACGCGGACAACAGCAGCGUGCGGACGCCGCUCACCAGCUGCUGCGGCGCCGGGGACGCCGUCCGCACGCCGCGCACCCCCAAGACGCCCUCCGCCAGGCGCCUCUGCGGCGUCCGCUCCCGCACCCCGCGCCGCGCGCAGCAGGUCCGCCGCUUCACUCCGGCACCAGCGCCGGCGCCCGCGGCACCUGCUGCUCCAGCGCGAGCGGCGGCGCCGGCUGCUCCCGCGAGGACUCCUGUGGCAGCUGCUGCAUCGGCUGGAGCGGCGCUGGCUGUUCCUCCGGUGAAGACUCCCGUAUCAGCUGCUGCGUCAGCUGGAGUGCCGCUGGUUGCUCCUCCUCCUGCGAGGACUCCCGUGGCAGCUGCUCCGUCGGCUGGAGCGGCGCUGGUUGCUCCUCCUCCUGCGAGGACUCCCGUGGCAGCUGCUGCUGCUUCGGCUGGAGCGGCGCUGGCUCCUCCUCCUGCGAGGACGCCGCGAACGCCUUCGACGCCGAUCGGGCGGACCCAGCGCGUGUGCUGCGUGACCACCGCGGCGCCAGCGCAGGCCGGCAACGCGAAGUCCAAGUCGGGCACCGCGCGGCGCCGCUGGCUCAGCUCCGCCAGCAAGGCGGUGGCGCAGACGCGCGGCGCGGUCUCCGGCAACGUUCGCGACAGCGGCACCAACCCGCGUGCCAACGGCCACGUCGCCAAGGCGGUCCACAGGGCGGCGCCGCUCGCGCAGGCCGUGGAGCCGCCAGCGCCGGCGAAGGAGGACGAGUCGGUCUGCUCCGACGAGGAGUACGCGAUGCUGUGCCGGGAGGGCUUCUCACGGGAGGACGUCGCCGCCGUCACCAUCCAGGCCUACUUCCGCGCGCACCUGGCGCGGCGGGCGUUCAAGGCGCUGAGGAGCCUGGUGAGGCUGCAGGCGGUGGCGCGGGGCGCGUACGUGCGGCGGCAGGCGGAGGUGGCGGUGCACUGCAUGCAGGCCAUGGCGCGGCUGCAGGCGCGCGUGCGCUCCAGGCAGGCGCUCGCCAAGCCCAAGGACAACGACGACAAGCUCCUGCUGCUGCAGAACUGAUCGAUCAACAUGCAGCACAAAAUAAAUCUGGAAACUGAUCUGGGCUUCUCGAGCGAGGCAAGUUUAAAUUGGUUCGCAUGAUGAGUUGUUCAAACCUGCCUGGGUUUGUACAUCUGCGAUUGUUUUCAAUUUCAUGGUCUCCUUAUUUAUGUCGUUUUUGGGGAGUGUCUUCACCACUGGAAUAUGUAACUCCUGCAUUUUCAAACAUACCGUGGGUGUUUUCAGUUUUGCCAA